AUGAACGAGUUUGAAGCGACAGAACACCAGCACAUAAGGUACAAUCCUCUCAAGGAUGAGUGGAUCCUGGUCUCUCCUCACCGUUGCAAGAGACCGUGGAGUGGUCAAACUGAGGACACUCCUGAAGAACAGCCUCCAGACCCUAACAAUCCCUUGAGAGCUGGUGCUGUUAGAGCCAAUGGGCAGCGCAAUCCUCCCUAUAAGUCCACCUACGUUUUCCCCAAUGACUUCCCAGCUCUUCUGGAACGGGUGCCAGAACCUCCUGCGCCUGAACAUCCCCUCUUCCAAGCUUGUCAGGCUAAAGGGACGUGCAGGGUAAUGUGUUUUCAUCCUGACUCUAACAUGACGAUACCUUUGAUGUCUCUCGAAGAAGUAGAAGCUGUUAUAGAAGAGUGGAUUAACCAACUGCAAGAACUAGGUCGCAAGUACACGUGGGUUCAAAUUUUUGAGAACAAAGGCGCUAUAAUGGGUUGCUCGAACCCGCACCCACAUUGCCAGAUUUGGGCCUCCAGUUUCUUGCCAAAUGAGCCUAGGGUGAAAGAUAGAUGUCAAAAGGAAUACUAUACAAAGUAUGGCAAAAGUAUGUUAGUGGACUAUUUACAGCAAGAGCUAAAAACUAAGGAACGUAUAGUCGUUGAAAACUCCGAAUGGGUGGCAUUAGUUCCAUACUGGGCAGCGUGGCCUUACGAGACCAUGUUAUUACCCAUAAAUAAUAAGCCACAACGUAUGACAGACUUAAAUGACAACCAAAAAAAAGGUUUAGGCGAUAUAAUGAAACAAAUAUGUACUAAGUAUGACAAUCUGUUCAAAUGCAGCUUCCCUUAUUCUAUGGGAUGGCAUGGAGCACCAACAGGCCCAUCAAAAAAAACAGGGGAUUCCCCCCAUUGGUUAUUCCACGGUGUAUACUUACCGCCGCUACUCCGUUCUGCCACUGUCAAAAAAUUCAUGGUUGGUUUCGAAAUGUUGGCACAACCACAGAGAGAUUUAACUCCAGAACAAGCCGCGCAAAAACUUCGAGAGUGUGAUACAGUGCAUUAUAAAUUAAAAAAA